UGACAGUUAUUAGGGUAAAAAACAUGGCUGCGUCCUGUUCUUGAUCACCGAGAGGAUGUUCACUGUAACGACAAAGAUGAACUUGUUUAAACAGGAGAAAUUACAUCAAGAGCAGUGAUUGAAAAAUCUUACCAUCCGAGGCAGUGUACCACCUUGACAAUCAUCGCACAUGUUGGUAAGAAGAUUGCGCUUUCCAAAGACUCUCUCCACCUGCUCCAUUCAGGCCUCUGAUGUUCACACUCAACAUUAUGAUGUCAUUGUGGUGGGUGGCGGUCAUGCCGGGACCGAAGCAGUGGCCGCCGCCAGCAGAGUUGGAGCAAAAACGCUUCUCAUCACACAGAAGAUCCAAACUAUUGGGGCGCUCUCGUGUAACCCAUCACUGGGGGGUGUCGGGAAAGGUCAUCUGGUGAAGGAGAUUGACGCUCUAGAUGGUGUGAUGGGACGGGCAGGAGACUGGGCCGGGAUUCAUUUCUCUAUACUUAACCGCAGUAAGGGGCCUGCAGUGUGGGGCCCCAGAACCCAGCUGGACCGCCAACGCUAUAAAGACUUUAUACAGUCAGAGCUUUUAUCUACACCGAGAGUGACCAUCUUAGAGGGCUCUGUGCAGGACAUUCUAUUGACUACGGCUGAUCCAGGAAAACCAGGAAGACAUAAAGUUUAUGGAAUACGCUUGGCUCAUGGAGGUGGUGAAAUCCAUUCCCGGUCUGUGGUUCUGACCACUGGCACCUUCCUGUCUGGUGCUCUUUUCAUCGGCCAAAACACUUCUCCAGGGGGGAGAAUAGGUGAUCUGCCUUCCUGUGCAGGUCUCUCUCAUACCUUAAAAGAAGUUUUGGGGUUGAAGGUUGGCCGGCUGAGGACUGGUACUCCUCCCCGUGUCAUCAAGGAUACGAUCGACUUCUCCCUCACCCUUAUUCAUUUGCCUGACCCAAAUCCCACUCCAUUCAGCUUCAUUAAUACUCACACACACUGCACGCCUGAAGAGCAGCUUCCAUGUUAUCUGACAUACACCACGCCUGGGGUAGAGAGAGUGGUGAAAGAGAGUAGCCACCUUAACUCACACAUACAGGAAGACACUAAAGGACCCAGGUACUGCCCCUCCAUUGAGUCGAAGGUGCUUCGGUUUCCAGGGCGACAACACCAGGUAUGGCUGGAACCAGAGGGUCUGACCUCUGACCUCAUGUACCCUCAGGGUUUGUCUAUGACGAUGCCCCAUGAGAAGCAGCUCUGCCUCAUCAGAGAGAUCCCCGGGCUGCAACGUGCAAAAAUUUGCACUCCAGGUUAUGGAGUGCAGUAUGACUUUGUCUGUCCAACACAACUCUUCCCGUGGCUGCAGGUAAAGAGCACACAGGGUCUCUUCCUGGCUGGGCAGAUAAAUGGAACCACAGGCUAUGAGGAGGCAGCUGCACAGGGUUUAUGGGCUGGGGUCAAUGCAGGUCGAACGUCUCUCUCCAUGCCCCCGGUGUCCCUCUCACGCACUCAGAGCUACAUCGGAGUUCUAAUUGAUGAUCUGAUUGGUCGUGGAGUGACCGAGCCAUACCGUAUGUUCACAAGCAGGGCUGAGUUCAGAACCUUCCUUAGACCAGACAAUGCUGACCUACGACUCACUCUCAGAGGUUUUGAAGAAUUGGGCUGUGUGUCUGAGCAGCGCUAUAAUGAAACUCUUCGGGUUCAAAUGAGUUUGAAUGAUGCUUUAUCUGCCCUGGAGUCCAUACAUCUCUCUGCUGCUCGCUGGAAGGACAAACUGGGAGAUGUCAACAUCAGCGAGACUAAGAGCUCCAUUCUCAAUGGAGUGGAGAUGCUGCAGUAUAAAGAUGUUUCUUUCCAGAUGUUAGCCUCUGCCUUCCCAGAACUCUCUGGCCCGUAUCUAGAAUUUUCAGAGAGAUUGAAAGUCGAAGCUAUGUACCGUCCACACUGUGAGAAGCAGAGGAGAGAGAUGGAGAGAAUGCAAGCAGAGGAGAGUCUAUAUUUGCCACAGGACAUUGACUAUCUGACUCUACCCGUGUCCCUCUCUCAGGAGGUCAGAGAGAUUCUGGAUAGCGUGCGACCAAGCACAUUGGGAGCUGCUGCCCGUCUGCCAGGAAUCACCCCAGCAGCAAUAAUUCAUCUGUUUAACUAUGUGCACAGAACCAAACACAGGAAUCAUAGUAAAAUUGUUGGAGUCUCAUAAAAAUUAUCAAACUGG